UACACCGGAUUACACUCUUGGUUUUGGCAGACAUGAACAGUAGAAGGAGGAAGGAAGUGUUUAUAUCAGGAUUUGAGUCAUCACCUUUGAGCAAAGCAUUAUUGGGAACGCUUUCCGUAGUAAUUUCUUAUAUCUGACUAGGUUUGUGGUGCCUCAAAGCUACAAUGAGAACAUUAUUUAUGUUGUUUAUCGUGCUGGUUUAUUUGUCUGGUGGUGUCAGAGGUCUUCUUCAAGGAGACUCAAAGGAUCCGUUACCAAAUUCUCCACCAGUAAGCAAUAUGCAGGCACAGAUCAUUUCUGCAAAGGACAUGUCAGCACCAGGAGUAUCUAUUGAAAAUAAACCAGAAGCGGGAGUAUCUACUGGAAAGGAAAAGGAAACGACACUGGCACCAGUAGUCUCUCCUGAAAAGGAAACGGCAUCAGCACCAGGAGUCUCUCCUGAAAAGGAAACGACACUGGCACCAGUAGCCUCUCCUGAAAAGGUAACGGCAUCAGCACCAGGAGCCUCUCCUGAAAAGGAAACGACAUCGGCCCCAGUAGACCCGGCUAGAAAGGAAACGGCACCAGUAGACCCGGCUGGAAAGGAAACCCACGGCACACGUGAUGAGGCAGAGAGCAGUCACUUCUUUGCUUAUCUUGUGUGCACAGCUGUGUUGGUGGCAGUGCUCUACAUUAGCUACCACAACAAGCGGAAGAUCAUUGCCUAUUGCGUCGAGGGAAAGAGGUCGAGAUCGGGACGUCGGCCCAAAGGCGCAGAGUACACCAAGCUGGAACAGAAUUAGUGAAGGUGCAUCACUGUCAUAAAGUCAAUGCCAGAAAACUGUGGAUAUAGGUGUUAAGAUGAAAUAAGGCACCAAACUGAUUCCUGGUGAAAGAAGACUUGCUUGGUUUAAUCAAUAUUGAUUUUUUUUUCUUUUUUAACAAAUGGGUAUUACUUAAUUAAUAGAUGUUUGUCUUUGGAUGCUUAUUGCAUGACUAUGCACAGGAUACUGUUGCUGAGAAAGAUAAGCAUGCUUGUGUUUGCACUCCUGUGUUAUUGUGCUACUUUGGGGCGUCCUUUGUUUUCUCAGUCAGUCCAUCUGACUGAUAUAAUAACUUGAUGUACUGACUCAGGAUGAUUUUUUUUGUCACAGAAGAAGUUGUAUUGUGAGGAUUCCAACUGGUCCCUUAGUGUUUGCAAGUACUAUUGGACAGUAGUUGGACACCUGCUAUGAUGACCACAAUGUUGGCCAGAUGAAUGUAAAGGUACUUCUUGUAUGUUUUGGAGUGUUGUAUUUUCUUUUUAGCUUGAUCCCUUCUGAGAUGGCAGAGGAAAGGGGCGUUUUAGUUGCAUUGUGUUGGUUGGAGUGUCAGUAAGUGAAAAACAGUGAAAGUGAUUGUGUGACUGAUAAUGCAUGUGGAUGAAUGAUACUGAACUUAACCUAGGCCUAAAUUCCAAAUAUAUUAGAGCAGGGGUGUCAAAAGCAUUAUCUUCACGAGGUUUGGAGGGCCACACGUAAAAUGUUAUAUUUCCUAGCUGUCAGAAUCUGAAAAAAAUAUUCCAAUAUCCAUCAGUUUGGUAAUUUUCGAUGCUCUCUGACUGUCUAGCAUUCAAUUAGAUCAGGGUUUCCGAAACUGUCCUAGCCCCCCCCCCCCAAAAAAAAUAAUGUUCCUUGAGUUUUGUAGAAGUUUAGAGUGACAAAAAGUAGCUAAAAGCCGAUGUAUGGUUAAUCUGGCAUCUGAAUUGGCCGUAGAGCAUUUACUGCGAUGCGGUCUCUGCAGAAGUCAGGGCAUUCAUAAUUCUUGAGGAGCAGAGCAAAGUUGUUGUCAAGGAAGUGCGUUUGUAUUUAUACGGGAUGUACCGCCCCCACCUACCAUCAACCAAUCAUGUCAAUGUGGAGCUGUACGGAGCUCCCAGCAUUGUUACAUGCGCCUCUGUACAGAGGGUGUGAUGCAGCUGCGGCUCCUCUGGAGGCUUGCGGAGGCCGCAUCGCCGCCCAGAUUUUGUGUCAAUGCGGAGGGCUCCCUAUAGCUUUGUAUAGCUCUGCAUUGACAUGAUUGGUUGACGGCAUUGCCUGAUCAACGGCUUUAACACUUCUCGCAUGUCUCGCCAUUGAGCAGAGCAGCCCAAACGGAGCCGUUGCUAUGGUUACAUAUAAUGAGCCGCCAUGAGAAUAGUGCAUGCAGAGCGUGCUGCUUGCGCGCAGGGAGCGAGAGAUGGACAGAGAGGAGCAGCUAAUGGAUUUACUAAGUGAGGAAGUUAUUUCUGGUUUCGGGCAGGGCUGGGCCUUUAAAUUUGGCAGAAGUAAUUGGGCCGGGGCAGAGUAGUGCCUGAAUGUGGCGGGCUUGGUUAGUGCUAAAAUUCAUGCACGUGCAGGGCUCUCCCGAGGAUUAGAGCUAUCUAGCAUGUGAAGGGGGGCAUUAUGUAUUUAUGUUCUUUCUAAAGAGGGACAAUAUUUUUUAAUUUUACCUUUAUUUAACUAGGCACGUCAGUUAAGAACAAAUUCUUAUUUACAAUGACUGCCUACCCCGGCCAAACCCGGACGACGCUGGGCCAAUUGUGCGCCGCACUAUGGGACUCCCAAUCACGGCCAGAUGUGAUUCAGCCUGGAUUCGAACCAGUGACUGUAGUGAUGCCUCAUGCACUGAGAUACAGUGCCUUAGACCGCUGCGCCACUCGGGACCCCAAAAUAGCUGAUCUGUCCCAAACUUUUCAUGGUCUCAACAAAGCUGUCAUUUGAGGGCUUUAGGUAGUGUAACAGUAUAACUUUAAACCGUCCCCUCGCCCCGACACGGGCGCGAACCAGGGACCCUCUGCACACAUCAACAACUGACACCCACGAAGCGUCAUUACCCAUCGCUCCACAAAAGCCGCGGCCCUUGCAGAGCAAGGGGCAACACUACUUAAGUCUCAGAGCAAGUGAUGUAACUGAUUGAAAUGCUACUAGCGCGUACCCGCUAACUAGCUAGCCAUUUCACAUCCGUUACACUCACGCCCCUUUCAACCUCCUCCUUUUCCGCAGCAACCAGUGAUCCGGGUCACGGCACCAAUGUAACGGUAUAACUUUAAACCGUCCCCUCGCCCCGACACGGGCGCGAACCAGGGACCCUCUGCACACAUCAACAACUGACACUCACGAAGCGUCGUUACCCAUCGCUCCACAAAAGCCGCGGCCCUUGCAGAGCAAGGGGCAACACUACUUAAGUCUCAGAGCAAGUGACGUAACUGAUUGAAAUGCUACUAGCGCGUACCCGCUAACUAGCUAGCCAUUUCACAUCCGUUACAGUAGGAUAGACGUUUUGACAAAAUUAAGAGUAUUGAUUAACAUUCCAAGGAAUGUAGAAGAUUGAAGAAUAUCAGAUAAUAUUUUUAAGACUGAGCCAGUGUAUAUUUUUCAUGUGUCUGCAUCCUAAAUGAUCACUAUAUUUCUACCCAGGGCCUUGUUUCAUAGAGAUCUUUCUGUACAAUGUGCUUUUCAAUAGUCAGUUGAGUAUAUGGCAAAUGGAAGUAUUCAUUUUGCACAGAUCCUUUUUGUAUGCUGGACCAAUUUAAGCUAAAUUAGAUUAGAAAUGACAUUUUAUACUAUACUUGCUGUGGUUUUGUCACUGUCACACAACAAUGCAAAUGUUUUUCUUUUUUGGUGGGAGUUGAAAUGAAUAAAAUGUAUUUAACAAUA